CUUCGGCCUUUGUCAUUUAUUACCCUCUAUCCGAACCUACCCCUUCCUUUAUUAAUCUUCCACUCCGAACCUACCCUCUUUCACAUCUCAACCCUUUCUUCACGCCUGCAACCACCAAUCGCCACCGCCGGUGACACUUUUUGUUCAUAUGGUCACAUAAUAAAUCAAGAUAUGUGGACAGAUUUCUGCAACUGAAAGAGCCGAAAGAGGGGUGUUUUAUGGGUUUGAAUUGAUGUUACUGUAUCAAAUUUUAUGUUUUGAAUUCAAGUUUUGAUUGAAGAUGUCUGGAAUGACUUCAACGCGUGAGAUUGAUCCGUUACUGAGGGAUCUGAGUGAGAAGAAACAGAACUUUCGUCGGAAUGUUGUGUCACUUGCAGCCGAGCUUAAGGAUGUUAGAAGCAGGCUAUCUUCGCAAGAAGAAUCAUUUGCUAAAGAAUCUUUAACCAGACAGGAAGCAGAAGCUAGAGCUAAAAGCAUGGAAGAGGAGAUUGCCAGAUUGCAAAAGAGUUUAGAUGAGAGAAAUCUGCAGCUUCAAGCAUCAUCAUCUGAUGCUGCAAAGUACCUGCGCGAUAUAGAUGAUCUCACAUCCCAGCUGUCGUCAACAAAAGCAACAGCAGAAGCAAGUGCAGCUUCAGCUCAAUCUGCACAGCUUCAAUGCAAGGCUCUGUUAAAGGAACUUGACGAAAAGAAACAAUCACUGAAAGAGCACGAAGCGCGUGUCAAUAAGCUGGGAGAACAGUUAGAUCUUUUGCGCAAGGAUCUUCAAUGGCGAGAGUCUUCACAAAAGCAACUGAAAGAUGAAGUCAUGCGGGUCGAGCAUGACAUCAUGCAAGCUCUAGCUAAAUCUGGAGCCAAUAAUAACUGUGAAUUGAGGAAGAUUCUUGAUGAGGUUUCACCUAGAAACCUUGAAAAGAUGAAUAAACUUUUAUCAGAUAAAGAUGAAGAAAUAGCCAAGCUGAGAGAUGAAAUAAGGGUUACUUCUGCACAUUGGAAGCUCAAAGUCCAGGAUCUGGAGUCCCAAUUGGAGAAACAUCGUAGAGCCGAUCAGGAUUUGAAGAAACGGGUUCUUAAACUGGAGUUCUGUUUACAUGAAGCCCGGGCUCAAACCCGAAAACUCCAAAGGGUGGGAGAGAGGCGAGAUAAAGCGCUGAAAGAACUGAAAGAAGAACUGUCAGCAGCAAAGAAUGGUGUGAAUGGUGGAGGUGAUAACCAUAAUUUCUGGGAAAGUUCAGGAUUCAAGAUCGCUGUAUCAAUGUCGAUGUUGAUUCUAGUGUUGUUUUCAAAGCGCUAGUACUAGUAGUAAUUUAAUUUGUCGAAUUUAAAUGGAAUAUUAGGUCGUAGAUAGAGCCAGGCCGUAUUUAGUGUUUGUUUUUAUAUCAGGAGAUGCUUUUGUUUAUAAAGUUAAAAAAAUACCUACCUGCCAACUACAAUUUGAAAUUCGAAUUUCAAAUAUGGUUGUCAAUGUAUGUGCUUCUUUCUAUGUUCCCAACAUAAAACGUUUAAAAACACUUUUUAAUGUUCAUAGAUGUUGAUGUGA